UUUAGAUAAUAUUCUUCCAAUAGAAUAGUUUAACAGAAAGACCUUCAUUAUGAAUUUGCAUAUCAUUAUUUCGGGGAUAUUUGUACUUAGUUUCUUCUUGGAAACAGGUUCACUCCGCUGUUUCAACUGCUUAUCAUAUACAUACGAUCCCACAGAUGGAUGUCACGGCGAUGACUUUUCUGAUGAUUAUUUAAUUGAAUGUGCAGCUGAAGAUCAGUACUGUCUGGUUACAAAGAUUGGAAAAGCUCAUGGCUUCGAGUACAAUAGAACAUGCAGCCCGGUAGCUGUUGAUAUUGGAUGCGAAGAACAUGACCGAAAUGAUAAUGAAUAUAUUGAUUUUAUUACUUUUCUUCUUGAAAACCUUUCUGCUACAAAGUGUGUUUACACAUGCGAUACAGAUGAUUGUAAUACAUUGAGCAUCUUUCCUGGCGAAGAUGGAUACACUCCCCCAGCAACGACUCCCUUGGAAACUACUGCAAAGCCAAGUGGCGCAACUCAAACUCUCCCGGCCACUAACCCCCUGAAAGUUACGACGACACCAAGUGGUGCAACACAAACUCUCUCGGCGACGACUCCCCUGGAAGCUAUCGCAAAGCCAAUUGGCGCAACACAAACUCUCCCAGCCACGACUCCCUUGGAAGCUACUGCAAAGCCAAGUGGCGCAACAAAAACUCUCACAGCCACUACUCCCCUGGAGUUUACUGCAAAGCCAAAUGGCGCGACUCAAACUGUCCCUGUCACUACUCCCCUGGAAGCUACUGAAAAGCCAAGUGUCGCAACUCAAACUCUCCCUGGCACUACUCCCCUGGAAUCUACUGCAAAGCCAAGUGUCGCAACUCAAACUCUCCCAGCCACUACUCCCCUGGAAUUUACUGCAAAGCCAAGUGGCGCGACUCAAACUGUCCCUGUCACUAUUCCCCUGGAAGCUACUGAAAAGCCAAGUGGCGCAACUCAAACUCUCCCUGGCACUACUCCCCUGGAAUCUACUGCAAAGCCAAGUGUCGCAACUCGAACUCCCCCAGCCUCUACCCCCCUGAAAUCUACGACGACAGCAAGUGAUGCAACACAAACUCAGUUCAAUACCUAUGUCAUUCUGGAUCUCCUGUUCUUAACGUUGAUUGUCCUGUUUUAAAUUGAAGAUAUAUCAAUCUAAACAAAGGUUCUCGAACUUGCGGCCCGGGGGCCAAUUGCGGCCCGCAGUACAAUAGUUUUGACGCCUGCCUUAGUAUGAAAAUUUAAUGUCAGUGUGGCCCGCAAGUAACUUAGCUCAGUCCGCAUCAUUAAAACAUUUAAUAUGAGUUUUCGGUUAAGUUAAGUUUUAGACGUCACAAUCACAAACGUUUAGAUUUAUAUUGAUAAAUUAUAACCAUGUUUUCCGUGUAGUAAGACAUCACUGUUCAUCGCCAAAAUGCUUGCUUGAACAAAAAUAAAAUAGAAAAUAUUUGAAUUGUUCAAACUAAGCUUUCAUUGUGGAAAACCGGAUGCGGCUCGGACCCAACCAGACUCUGCUCUCAGUGGCGCCUGGGUAAAUUGUGUUUGAGACCCCUGAUCUAACCUAACUCAGUCAGGACUUAAGUUAAAUUCAAAAUCUUUAAAUUGAACAUUAUUCAUGUUGUCCAUCUUCUUUCUGUUCUUUGCCUAGAGUAUCCUGUUUUGAAUUAAAGACAAUUUAUCUUUUUUUCUCCAUCAUAAUUUUAGACCCAUAAUUAAUAAUUUUUAAUUUGAGUAUUAUUUAUCUUGUGCAUUUAUAUGAAGCGCAUAAGUCCCUGUUUUUUUUUUUUUCUAUAUGAAGUCAAAAAAUUAUAGUUGAAG